AUGUCAGGCUGCUCGCUCGUUGCCGCAGGCUUGCCGUCCCUCAUUGGGACGGCCACCCCAACCUUCAGCUACGAUCAAGCCAAGCAUUCAUUUGGAACUGGCGACGAAUUCGGCAUCCAGAUGACUUACAUGUCGGGAACUUCUACUUGUUAUCAAGGAACUAGGCCUACCUUCACUCCUAUCAUUUCCAACCCCUAUCUCUUGUACACCCGUACCUGCUCUUAUGUCACACAAGGAGUACCCGCAACCUACACAGGUAUCUUCUGUAACAACGCCGACCUUUUCAACUGGGUUAACGUGGGUGCUUACACGCUCGACAAUUUCCAAUUUCUCAACCCAUUCGCAAUCACCCCUCGCCCUUUUACUGCCACAUUCGGCGACCAGCCUGCUCCGACCACAGUCGCCACAACCACUGUUCUGGUGACCUCGACUACUACCAACACUGCUAUUGCUCCCAUUCAGCCCGCAGCGACUACCACGUCCUUUCACGCAGACCAUCACCUCGUGCCCAACGUCCUCGAGCACGUCUACACGAUUGAGCUCUUCCAGCCCAUCUCCUUCCCCGAUCGUGCCGUCAUCAUCUUCCAGCUCUGCUGCUCCGAUCGCGUCGUCAUCAUCGUUCAGCUCAUCUCCUACCCUGAUCGUGCCGUCCUCGUCGACUCCGGUAUCGACUACCACCGUGGUCGUCGUUUCGACAGCUACGCCAUCGCCAAGUUCCUCUUCCAACUCUGCUCCAGUCUCGUCGUUUUCCUCAUCUUUAGUGGCAACCACAACCGUUGUCGUCGUGUCGACCGUUUCCCCGACACCGAGCUCGUCUUCAAGCUCGUCUCCCAUCCCAUCGCCAAGUUCAUCAUCCUCUCCAUCUCCCAUCCCAUCAUCAUCAUCUUCUUCUUCUUCCUCCGUUGCUACUACUACCGUUGUAGUCGUGACUACCGCUACCCCAACGCCGGGCUCCACUUCGACUUCGUCACCCUCGCCCGCUCCGGUCAGCUCAUCUGUACGCACAUCCUCCAGCUUGACCUCAUCAAGCUCCCUCUGUCUUGCCCUGCUAGUAAUGGUGCGACCUUCAGCACGUCUCAAGGAGACUUCGUUGUUGAAUGCUUCAUUGACCGUAGCAACCAUGAUAUCGGUAUUGCACCGAACAACCCUGCGACGUAUGAGCAAUGUAUUCAGGCUUGCGCGAGCGCUACUGGUUGCCAGGCUGUCUCUUACCUUCCUAAUGGUCCUUGCUACUUGAAGAAUGGUCUGGGUGCGCCCAACUCCAACAGCAACGUCUGGGGUGCCAGAAUUGCAUCUGUACCUGUAGCAUCAUCCUCGGUAGCAUCCAUAUCUUCCGCACGCUCUUCUUCCCCAGCCGUUGCUACGACCACUGUUGUUAGUACCACAGUAGUUACCGCCAGCUCCUCUGCCAGUUUUGCUGCCAGCCCCGCCGCCAGCGCUUCGUGCCCUAGCUCAAAUGGUGCUACCAUCACUGCCAAUGGUCAACAGUACCUUGUCGAGUGCGGUUCUGACUACGCGGGCGGAGAUAUUCCGGGUCCAAUGAGCCCAACCUACCCAGGCUCCUAUGAAAGGUGUUUGGCGGACUGUUCUUCUACUGCAGGCUGUGUCGCUGUCAGCUACGUCAUUGGCGGUCCUUGCUACUUGAAGAACGCGGUCAGUGGUGCGAGGACCAACUCCAACAUCAUCGGUGGACGAUUGAUUAGCAGUAUCUCGACUUCCGCAGCAUUCACUUCUUCGGCAACACGCACUUCUUCUUCUGCGACUACCUCGUCUGUGGCCACCUUCUCUCGCAUUACCUCAUCUUCUUCUAUGGCAGCUACAAGCUCAGCCCCAGCCACUUCGGCUGCUUCGGCUCCUGGGCCCUCGACUGUCACUGUUACCACGACGAUUUCCAACACGGCGUACCAGUGCGCAUGCACGCCUACCAGCGUCUUUAAUUCCUCGUCGAGCGCUCCUGCCGCGAGCCCAACGGGCGCUUCUGUCACCUGCCCGGGUUCCAAUGGUUCAACCUUCACGACUUCAUGUGGUGCACUGUAUGCCGUCGAGUGUGACGCUGAUCGUUUCGGCAAUGAUCUCCCGAACGGUCUCGUCUACACCGACACAUACGAGCAAUGUCUCCAGGCCUGUGACACCACCACUGGCUGUGUUAACGUCUCCUGGGUCAUUGGCAAGCCGGGUGCUUGUUACAUGAAGGGCAGCAACGGCGCCAUUCAGAACAACAUGAACAUCAUCGGAGGUCGCAAGCUUUCCGGAUGCUCUACCUUGAAGCUUCAUCGCAAGCGCGUUGCGGUCACCGCUCCCAAGCAGAAGCUUAAGAAGCGUGCCGGUUUCUACGGCCCUGACUUCACAUUCACUCAGGACCGCGUGAUUGCAACCUCGACUGCGACCAUCAGGGCUACCGCUACUACGUAA